GCUGGGGCGCCAGAAGUCGGACUGGAGCGCAGGACCGCGAUGCCCCGCAGGAAGCAGCAGGCUCCGCGGCGGGCGGCAGGCUACGCCCAGGAGGAGCAGCUGAAGGAAGAGGAGGACAUCAAAGAGGAAGAGGAGGAGGAUGACGACAGUGGCUCAGUGGCUCAGCAGCAGGGCAGCAAUGACGCCGGGACAGAUGAGGAGUUAGAAACUGGCCAAGAGCAGAAAGGCUACUUCAGCUGUCAGAACUCUCCAGGAAGUCACGUGUCCAACCAAGACGCUGAGAACGAAUCUCUGCUGAGUGACGCCAGCGACCAGGUGUCAGACAUCAAGAGUGUCUGCAGCCGAGAUGCCUCGGACAAGAAAGCAAGCCCUCCCCCCAAACUGCCCAGCGAAGCCCCGAACUGCAUGGAUAAAAUGACAGCCGUCUAUGCCAACAUCUUAUCAGAUUCCUACUGGUCAGGCUUGGGCCUUGGCUUCAAACUGUCCAACAGCGAGAGAAGGAAUUGUGAUGCCCGGAACGGCAGCGGCAAGAACGAUUUUGACUGGCACCACGAUGCCUUGUCCAAGAGCCUGCAGCAGAACCUGCCUUCCCGGGCCGUGUCUAAGCCCAGCCUCUUCAGCUCCGUGCAGCUGUACCGGCAGAGCAGCAAGGUGUGCGGCGCGGUGUUCACGGGGGCCAGCCGCUUCCGCUGCCGGCAGUGCAGCGCCGCCUACGACACGCUGGUGGAGCUGACGGUGCACAUGAAUGAAACAGGCCACUACCAAGAUGACAACCGCAAAAGGGACAAGCUCAGACCCGCCAGCUACUCGAAGCCCCGGAAGAGGGCCUUCCAGGACAUGGACAAAGAGGACGCUCAGAAGGUCCUGAAGUGUAUGUUUUGUGGUGACUCCUUCGAUUCCCUCCAAGACCUGAGCGUCCAUAUGAUAAAAACCAAACACUACCAAAAAGUGCCUUUGAAAGAGCCAGUGCCAGCCAUUUCCUCAAAAAUGGUCACACCGGCCAAGAAGCGUGUUUUCGAUGUCAACCGGCCUUGCUCACCCGACUCCACCACGGGGUCAUUUGCGGACUCGUUUUCUUCCCAGAAGAACGCCAACCCGCAGCUCUCCUCCAACAACCGCUACGGCUAUCAGAACGGUGCCAGCUACACGUGGCAGUUCGAGGCCUGUAAGUCUCAGAUCUUAAAGUGCAUGGAGUGUGGAAGCUCCCAUGACACUUUGCAGCAGCUCACCACUCACAUGAUGGUCACGGGACACUUUCUCAAGGUCACCAGCUCUGCCUCCAAGAAAGGGAAGCAGCUGGUCUUAGACCCACUGGCGGUGGAGAAAAUGCAGUCUCUGUCGGAAGCCCCACACAGCGACCCUCUGCCCCCCAAGCCGUCCAGUAACUCGGCGUCUGACUCCGCGGCCUCUGCCCCCGAGUUAAAGAAAGAGGGUAAAACUGAGAAGGCAGAGGAGACCAGCAAAGAUGAGAAAGGCGUGAAAAGCGAGGAAUUUGAAGACCCUCUCCAGAAACCUUUGGACCCUACCAUAAAAUACCAGUAUCUAAGGGAGGAAGACUUAGAAGACGGCUCCAAGGGUGGAGGGGACAUCUUAAAGUCACUGGAAAAUACCGUGACCACUGCCAUCAAUAAAGCCCAAAACGGAGCUCCCAGCUGGAGCGCGUACCCAAGCAUCCACGCAGCCUACCAGCUGCCAGAGGGCACCAAGCCCCCGAUGCCCAUGGGAUCACAGGUCCUGCAGAUUCGACCCAACCUCGCCAACAAGUUGAGGCCCAUUGCACCCAAAUGGAAAGUCAUGCCACUCGUCUCUGUGCCCACAAACCUGCCCCCACAUGCUCAAGUUAAGAAGGAGUCAGAGGACAGAGACGAAGACACCCUGAAGGACUGUGGGAAGGAAAGUCCCCACGAGGUGGCAUCACCUUUCAGCCACGGCGAAGGAGAGCCGUUCUCCAAAAUCGAGCCGCCUUCAGAAUCCAGAAAGGGGGAGCCACGUCUCCUGCUGGAGGACAAGCUGCUGAAAGAGGGUGUUGAGAAAGAGAAAGCCCAACCCCUAGAGCCAGUGUCUUCUUUGAGCAACGGGUGCACGCUCGCUAACCACACCCCGGCCCUGCCUUGCAUCAACCCGCUCAGCGCCCUGCAGUCUGUCCUGAACAACCACCUGGGCAAAGCCACGGAGCCCCUGCGCUCUCCUUCCUGCUCCAGCCCGAGUUCAAGCACAAUGUCCAUGUUUCACAAGUCUAAUCUCAGCGUCGUGGACAAGCCGGUCUUGAGUCCUGCGUCUGCCAGGCCGGCCAGUAUGUCCAGACGCUACGUAUUUGAGAACAGCGACCAACCCAUUGACCUCACCAAGUCCAAGAGCAAGAGAGCCGAGUCCUCCCAAGCACAGUCCUGCACGUCCCCGCCGCAGAAGCACGCUCUCUGUGACAUCGCCGACAUGGUCAAGGUCCUCCCCAAAGCCACCACCCCGAAGCCGGCCACUUCCUCGAGGGUCCCUCCCGUGCAGCUGGAAAUGGAUGUGAGGCGCUUUGAGGAUGUCUCCAGCGAAGUCUCGACCCUGCAUAAAAGAAAAGGACGGCAGUCCAACUGGAACCCUCAGCACCUCUUGAUUCUCCAAGCCCAGUUUGCCUCGAGCCUCUUCCAGACCUCGGAGGGCAAAUACCUCCUGUCCGAUCUGGGCCCGCAAGAACGUAUGCAGAUCUCCAAGUUCACGGGACUCUCCAUGACCACCAUCAGCCACUGGCUUGCCAAUGUCAAGUACCAGCUACGGAAAACGGGUGGGACAAAAUUUCUGAAAAACAUGGACAAGGGACACCCUGUCUUUUAUUGCAGUGACUGUGCCUCCCAGUUCCGAACCCCUUCUACGUACAUCAGCCACUUAGAGUCUCACCUGGGCUUCCACAUGAAGGAUAUGACCCGGAUAGCAGCGGACCAGCAAAACAAGGUGGAACAAGAGAUCUCCCGGGUGUCGUCGGCUCAGAGGUCUCCGGAAACAAUAGCUGGAGAAGAGGACACAGACUCUAAGUUCAAGUGUAAGUUGUGCUGUCGGACAUUUGUGAGCAAACAUGCAGUAAAACUCCACCUAAGCAAAACGCACAGCAAGUCACCCGAACACCACUCACAGUUUGUAACAGACGCGGACGAAGAAUAACUGCAGGUAUGGGCUUGCUCCCAGGUGACGGUGACAGUGGCCUCGCAAGGAGCGUGUUAAGAGGAGAUGGCUCUGCCUAGAGGCAGCUGACGUCUCCCGAGGCCAAGCAGGACCAUAGCUUGCUGCCAUAGACUUAUUUUUUAUGAAAGACAGGACCUGAUGAGUAAGGCCUAACCAUUCUCCCAAGCCUUCCAGUAUAGAGUGAGGACACAGGACAAAAUGCUUCUAGAAAGACGGAGCCCCCGGAUGACUGUUGCAUCUGGGUCUUCCAGACACACGGUUUCCCUUAGUGACCCAAGGCCCACCUUCCAAGGUCCAGUCAAGGUUCCCCCUCAUUUUAUUUAACAAAGACUUAACUUCCACCAUUCCAUUUCGCCCCCCUGUCUUCCCAUAGCAAUGCUGAUGACUUAUGAAGUGGGAAAGAGGUGAGCGGCAGGAUAAAGGUGGGGGCACCCUGGGGUGGUCACUCUACAGAGACCCCUUGAUCAGCUCAUGAACAGCCGAAAGCUGCCUUUACUAUUGGUAUUUGGAACAGACACACUCCGCAGCUCAUGUAUAGCAACUGCUACCUUCCACCUCCUUCCCUGUGUCUAUUUUCUGCAUUAAUUUUCCAAUGAAAGAGCAGGUGCCCUUAAGUAAGGGGAUGGUAGGAAAAUACUCUUCACUAUGAGCAGUGAGGUCAAAAGAGAAGAGGCUGAUUUUCUUCUCUCACCUUUUGGUUUCUCUAGAACAGACUCGACUCAGAGUCCACCUUCGACAAUGAUAGAUAGUGCAUGCCUUUGCAAUCUUACGUUGCAUACAGAAACAAACGGCUUCUGGCCCGUCUAUGGUCAUGUCCCUGGGUUCCAUAAGUUCAACAUAAUCUGCACUGAGCUAGGAGUGUUCAGUGUCUGAGCUCUUGCCUAGCAUGCACAAGCCCUGGGUCCAAGCCCCAGAAAAACUCACCAAAAAAAAAAAAAAAAAAAAAUACACACACACAUAGUUUUCAUGAUGUAUCAUAGAAACUCAUGCCUUGUAUAGUUGCAAGUGCCCAGACUUAUGUCUCUUCCAGCAACGAAGACAGAGACCAAGGUCAAAUACUUUAGGAGAUCAGCCGUGAUGGCCACUUUCAAAUGUGAGUGCAGGCGAGGCUGGGUCUUGACAAAUCCUUCAUCCACCCCUUUGUAUGUCUUUGGCUCCUUUUCUCUCUCUUCUAGCAUGGCAUUUUCAUACGCUAAGGACCCUAACACAUAUUUAGGUUGUCCUCCACCUGGGGUCAUGCCUCUAAGCGAGGACACAACAUGAGUUAAAGCUUCUGCACUUACCCGUCAAGCUGAUGUCAUCAGCAUUAUGGAUUUGUUCUUAAUUAAUUCACAAUAGACAUGGAAAGCUGGUAACAGCUUCACAUGUGAGCCCUAUCGCCACCCCCUAUUUUCAGAGCAUUUGCUUUUCCACGGGGGACUUUCAGAUCAAGCCACACUCGUGUGGACGCUAGGGAAGUUCCCGGUAGACAAGGAUGUUUGUAUGCUGUGGCUUUGGGCACACCUCACAUAGGUAGAGAGGUUCUCGGUAUGAGGAUGGCCAAAAGAAAAGAAAACAUCUGAUUAACCUGAGACUCUUCCCUCAGUGAGGAAAUCUAUGCUUCUGUUCUGGGUGGGCUCCAGUCAAGACCAUCUGUGUUGUUUGCAUGUUUUAAUCAUGAAAAUUAAAUGUUAUGGGCAGAUUUACCUCCUGGUUUCCAAGCGUACUGUUCAUGUCACCUUGCUGAAUGAAAAGCCACUCUGCAUCUAUUGAAGCUACACGUCAGCUUGGGGCGCUCCUGCAUCCUAUUUAUUUGCCAUAUCACGUUUUAAAAUUUAUGUAACUAGCUAUUAUGUUCUUCUAGUCCUUUUACAAAAAAAAAAAAAAAAAGGUGGAAACACACAAAGUACCUAGUGAAAAGGAAAUAUGUGUCAAAUCUAAUAGUGGUGGGUCCAAAAUAGGUAAUGCUUAUUUUGUGUAUAAUAAAGACCAAUUUUCCACCUGUUA